CCCAUUCUUGCAUUACACACAGCAUUACACACACACAAAAACUUGUAGUGUGAUAAAGUGCCAAAGCAAAAGGAAGUUAAAGUUCAAAUAUAGAAGGAUGAAAGUUAAGAAUUCAGCAUCGAUCAAGCUUCUGGUUUUACAAUAUCUAUCGAUUUUAUGUGCUUCACAGGAUUUUGAUUUCUUCUACUUUGUUCAACAGUGGCCUGCUUCUUAUUGUGAUUCAAGACAUAGCUGUUGCUAUCCUACAACAGGAAAACCUGCCGAAGAUUUUAGUAUUCAUGGGUUAUGGCCAAAUUACAACGAUGGAAAAUGGCCAUCAAAUUGUGAUCCCAAGAACUAUUUCGAUCAAUCUGAGGUUUCAGAUCUUGUUCGAAGAAUGCAGAAAGAUUGGCCAACCCUAGCCUGCCCAAGUGGCGACGGCUUGAAAUUCUGGGGUCAUGAAUGGGAUAAACAUGGGACAUGUACCAACCUCGAUCAACACACUUACUUCCAAACAGCUCUUGACCUCAAGAAAAAAGCCAAUUUGCUACAAGUCCUUCAAAAUGCAGGGAUUCGACCCGGAAAAUUCUACAGCUUAGAGAGCAUAAAGCAAGCAAUUGAAGAAGGUGUCGGAUAUGCCCCGUUCAUAGAGUGCAAUGUGGAUUCAUCGGGGAAUCAUCAACUAUUACAAGUUUAUCUGUGCGUGGAUACCUCGGCAUCCAAUUUCAUUCAAUGUCCACUUUUCCCACAUGGAAGAUGUGGGUCUCGAAUCGAAUUCCCCUCACUUUCUGAGCAAUUGAAUUCGCACGAUGAAUUUUGAUUACUCUUCCUGGCUUAAUUUCCUAUUUAUUUAACUUUUCACCAUGUGAAAAGGGCUAUUGCAACCUUGGUUUUAAUGUUUUCAUCAAUAAAUUGGUUUUUAAGGACUAAAUUGAUCCUA